UCCAGUUCAGGCUGGCAGUUGAUGACAAGCAUAUGCACCAUGUGAUUUAUUUAGUUCCUUCCGUUCUAUCUGGAAACCACAGACUGUGAAAUUAGACCUUCAAGAGUAGCGGCAGUGAACAAAUGAGAUAUUAUUCGGAAAAAAUGUGGCCACUUGAUUUGCUUAUCAUUUAUAUGUUUUUCUCUGUGACACUGGACGUAACAGGAGCCAUUGGAUGUUCUCAGGUUCUUAAAUAUUGUCAAGAAAAGACAACAGAAAGCAUCCCUCUGUGUCUUGAUAGAAAAAUGAAAGAUUGUAUCCAGGGAAGGUCUGAAGUUACUCAAAGCCAAGACUUGUACAUAAAACAAGUGGAUUUCUCAGACAAGGCCAAACUGAAGACAGUGCAAGGGCAUGUAAUUGAUAUUCCCCCUGAAGCCCUCAUGAAAAGUAAUUGGACGGAUAAUAGCGUGCGCCUGAUUGUAUCAGUACUCGACAACAGCAUUUUCAAGGGACCUUCUGUUCGAGGAUCUGUUCAUGGGAACGUCUUAGGUGUGUGGCUUGGUUCGAACGAUCUCCACAACCUUUCUCAACCUGUUACAAUGCAAUUUGUGAAUACCACUCAAACUAUGAAUGGGAAAUGUGUCUUCUGGAAGCAGUCGAAUAAUAGAGGUGACUGGAGUAGUGACGGGUGUAACACAAGCAGGAACGACAUAGAUUUUGUCUGCAGUUGCAAUCACCUCAGUUUCUUUGCAGUGCUCAUCAGUCCCGGGAGGGUGCAAGACGCUGAAGAUGUUCGCCGUCUUGAAUAUAUCACAUAUGUUGGGUCUUCUUUCUCUGUGCUGUUCACAGCCAUCAUCAUCAUGAUGUUUUUAAUUCAAAGGAAGAGGAAGUCAGAGCACUCUGUUGUCAUUCAUGUGCAGCUAUCAGGUUCACUAUUCCUGCUGCACCUCUUCUUUCUGGCCAGUACAUUGGGGUCAGGUUCAGAAAAUAAGAUAGUAUGUCAGUGCCUUGGCCUCAUCCUACACUGGGCUCUGUUAGCCACUUUCACAUGGACCACUAUUGAAGGUUUCCAUUUGUACCUACUUCUCGUGCGGGUCUUCAACAUUUACAUCAGGAGAUAUUUGCUCAAAUUAAGCUUACUGGGCUGGGGAGUUCCUAUAAUUACAGUGGUGAUCUGUGGACUGACUGGUGAAUAUGGAAAUUACAGCCUAACAGAAAGUGACAAUGAAACAAAUCUGUGCUGGAUAACCAAUAGGUUAGUGAGUUACAUAACAGUGAACGGUUAUUUGGGGCUGGUGUUACUCUUCAACACAGCGAUCUUGGUUGUGACUCUGGUGAAAAUGUGGCACAUAAAAUUUCGAAGUGUCCAGCAUGGGAACAGAAUAAGAAGGCUGUGGAAAGACUGGGUCACUGUCCUGGGGCUCAGUGUGGUUUUGGGUCUCCCAUGGGGACUGGCCUUUAGCACCUAUGGACCCCUGAGUCUACCAGGGAUUUACCUCUUCACCACCCUAAAUGCUUUUCAAGGUUUUUUUAUGUUCUUGUGGUUCUUCUCAAUCACAUACAAGUCAACUCACGGGGAGAAGAAUUCAACCAAGAAUUUCUCCAUGAGUAACAUCAGCUCCUGAUAGUGGCACAAAGCACUAAGCCACAAAGGGUUGAAUUAAGAUGCAUUCGAUGAGGAUGAAGAUUUGUCAUGAGACAUAACUGUGAUGUACCUGGAAUCAUCUAACUUGAACACUGUCAUUAAUUCAUAAAUUAAAAGUCAAUUUAAGAAAUACGAAUUCUGCAAAAUAUUAAUGUUUUAUGGAGAGUUCAACGGAAAUGGAAACUUAGAUUUAUGUCUUCUGCAUAAGAGCGUCUGUAGAAAAGAGCUCAUUUUUAGAUAUGUUUACGUGAAUACAACAAUCUCUAUCUUCAAGAUAGUUCAAUUUAUGAUUAAUGCGAUAAAACCCAAGUGUCUUUAUCUGUGUUCUUGAAAUCAACCAAUGGCUUAACGAUUUAGGGCUCUGUAAUAUGUAGUUUGCAUGCUUAUUUAAAUAUAAUCUAAACUGUGAAAAUUAAAUAAUCAUUGUGUUAUUAUUAUUCUUUUUUAUUAUUGUUAUUGUGUAUAUACAGCAAUCUAUAGCAUCUUUACUAUAAGGGCAUGGUUUGUUGUUGUUGCUGUUGUUGUUUUGUUUGUUUUUCAGUUAAAAAUAAAAACGACUUGCACAAAUUAA